CUAACCGUUGUCCAAUCGAUUCCCUCGUUAACUCUGAUUAAUUAGCGAUUUGUAGUGAACGUUCUCACGGCUGUUCUUUGAAGUUGGCCGGUGGGUGGAGUCUGACAACUUGCCGACGGCCAAUCAGAAGCGAGAGAUCGGUCAUCAGCACUUGUUUUAUUGUCGCCAAAGUUUACCUGCAGCAAACACCGUCGUGGCUGGAUUAAGACAAGGGCCGGAGAAUCUGGUUGGUCAUACGAAACGGGCGGCAUCGACUGGCUUGGGGUGGAGUUUUGAUGGGUGACUCACGGAUGGGACAGUGUGACGUCACAAGUCAGACGAUCUCAAGGUGAGUUACCCGCCACAACAACGUCUUCGAGACCGAGGAGCUGAUCUCCGCCCAGCACGGAUCGCGCAUGCGCCAACGUAGCCAUUCACACGGCUGAACAUUUAAGCCGCCAUUUCUGCGUCAGAAGAAAUCAAGAUAAACUUUUCCAGCCAGGACUAUAUGACAGUGCAACCUUCCGCCAACUGACAAAUUUUGAGAGGGAAUACAUAAGGCGGUUUACAUACCAUAGACACGGCUAUGAUUAAAACCGGAGUACUAAAACACCUUGAUUUACCAUCAACUUCAAAGAUUGACUGGUAAAACUUGGUGUUUAUCUGUAAAUCGUAAGCUGUCAGAAAAAAAGAAACAAUUUUAGCGCUGUAAGAAUGUGAAUAUUCAGGAGGUAAGCUGAUAAUGACGACCACGUAGGUUACUCUCACUGCCUUUCAGAUAGCCGUGCCGACACCAUCAUAAAUAUCCGGAGUAGUUUGCACCAAGGUGAAGUACCCAAGGGAGCGAGAGAUACACAAUCUCCAACCGGAAAUGGACCUCUCCGUGUCUAAGUCGCCUGCUUCCAAAGCACUGGAGAGCAAAACCUUGAAGCAUUCCAUAGACAGCAUUCUCCAUCCGGCACUGGGGUACCACGAGCUCAAGUACGAUGACUCGCGAUACGAGCAGCCCUCCCGCCACAAGCGACACCUGCCUUCGCAGUUCCAGCUGCAUUCGCAAGACGGAAAGCAGCUGCAGCACGAAGAGCCUGAAGAACAAGACGUGAAGCCACGUCCACAGCUGGUUUCUCCACAGCUCCCUCAGUCGGAGGACAGCAGCACGAGUACGUUAGACGCCGCUAGUGUCGCAGACGGACAAGAUGGUGCUGUACUCGGGCCACCGCCUUGGGGUUCCUCCGCAUCUGAUCUCAGUUCGGAAUCUCUCCUCUGUCCGAAGAGACAUAAUGAGAAUGUGGAUAGUGAUGCUGCAGUGACUGAUGUGAUAGAAUUUACAGCCUCGGACAGCAAAUAUCAGCUUGAUACUGACCAAACUGAUAAGCCCGCUAGCACCAGUAACCCUGUUGCCGAGGUAGCGAGAGGAAUGUCACCAACUAUUGACCUUAUGCAUGGCAUCAGCUCUGGUAUUGUACAGCAAGAAAACAAGACCGUGGAAACAACAGACAACAGCAUCACCACUCAAGAGAUACAUGAACCAGAAAAGGCGACAGCGCCACCUGCCAAAAAAAGACGAUUCCGCACCACGUUCAGCGCAGAACAGCUCAAGAGCUUGGAAGAGGUUUUCAACUUGACUCACUACCCCGACAUCAACACCCGAGACAAACUGUCUCUCAAGACAGGCUUGUCAGAGGAACGUGUGCAGAUCUGGUUCCAGAACCGCCGAGCCAAGUGGAGGAAGUACGAACGUUUAGGAAACUUUGGCGGUUUGCAGGAUUUGCAGGAGGUGGACUACGUCCCGGCACCAAGAACCACACAGAAAGUAACUUCUGACAAGAAAUCUGUCAAGAGGAGGACUGACGGAGCCAGCCCAGACAUUCCGAACUCUUUACCGACGUCGCCCACCCAAGGGGACGCCAUUCCAGCGUUGGCAACUGUACCCGUGGCCUACCCUUUCUACGGACCUUACAUGGGCUUUUCUCCACUGUUCUACUACUCCCACUGCUGUGCAGUCCGGCCAUGGGCCCCAGACUUGUGACCAGUGGGGAGGCAAGCAGCAGGAUGAGCGGCGAUGCCAGGCGCUCCGACAGUGUUACCUCCCUUCGACUGAAGGCGCAAGAACACGCAGCGGCUAUGGAGAUACAGUAUUUGUACAAGUGAUGCUGCAUUGUGAAAACUGCAUGAAGUUUAUUUAUUGAAGAGAGUAUAAAGAACCGUAAGAGAAAACUGAAACUAUGUGUUUCUAUAUUUUAAUAAACAUUUUAAUUAUUGAACAGAUUAAAGAUAUAAAGACAGUUUUUCUGGAACCAUCACGGUGUAGAUCAUAAGUAUUGCUCUGUUAAUGUUUGUUUGUACUUUGUCGAUCUAUCGGGGGAAACAAAUACGAGUAGGAUCUUUAUUAUGUCGUUGUCGAGAAGCAAAACUGGGUUACAAGAUAAUUUUCACAUUUUUACAAGUUCUAAUCUUGUCUUCCUUUGAAUACUAAGAUGCUAGUUAAUUGAUAUGCUUGGCUAAAAGUAAAGGACGAGUGACGGAAAUAUGUAUGAAAUAGGUUGAACCAAACAAUUGAUUAUAUUCAGGCUGCGUGUGUGUAUGUGUGUGUGUGAGAGAGAGACCCUAGAGAAUGUGUGUGAGAGAGAGAGACCAUACAGAAUGUGUGUGUGUGUGAGAGAGACCAUACAGAAUGUAAAGACAUGUCUUGAGUUCCCAUGCCAGCAGUGCAUUAUGAAGAUUUCAUCACAAUAUUUUACAAUGUGCCUUAUUUGUAGGAUUUUUGUACAGCCACUAACUGCAAAUAAACGAAAAGUCUCUGUGCUGCUGUCAUUGAUAAAUCUCAGAGGAAGAGAACUGUCUCAGUGAAUUUGCUCCAGUAAAUAUUCAUAACGUAUUUAUAAUAAAUAUCGAUAAUAAAAAAGCUGUUCGCUGGUUGACUUGUCGAAGGUUAUGCACACACACUUUGCUAUUAUCAAUUCUCUGUGCCUGUUUUACUAACUGUUUGUUCUCCCUUUCUCAUUAUUUGUAAUACCCUUUCUCUGCAUUUCAUCCUUUUGUUAUGAAUCGGUCAGUUAGAUUUAUAAUACAGAUAAAUAUUUACUGACACCGUGCCAUGACUAUGUGUGGUGAUUGUGUACAGGGCCGCCGAGAGCCAGCCCGGGCCCCGGGACAG